CCUUUUUGAGUUUCUGCCUAUAGGAAGGGAGGAGCAAAAUGGAGUCAUGGUCAGAUUUACCGAAAGGAGGGCGGGGGAGGGCCUUGUAUGCAUCCCGGAAGUUGGAGUAACAAUGGUCGAGUGUUUUUCCAGCGGGAGUUGUACAGUUCAUUUACAUUUUACAUUUUAGUCAUUUAGCAGACGCUCUUAUCCAGAGCGACUUACAGUAGGGACGUCAUGGUAUCGGCUUGAGGGAGGAUAUACACGGCUGUGACAAUAACCGAAGAGAAUUAUCUUGGGAGAUAAUACGGUAGGCAUUUCAUUGUGAGGUAUUCUAGGAUGGGUGAACAAAAGGACUUGAGUUCCUGAAUGUUAUUACAAUUACAACAUGAGUCGCUAAUCAUGAAACAUACACCCCCACCCUUCUUCUUCCCGGAGAGAUGUUUAUUCCUGUUGUGGCGAUAGACUGAGAAUCUAGAUGGUUGGACCGACUCCGACAGUAUAUCCCGAGAGAGCCAUGUUUCCAUGAAACAGAGUAUGUUACAAUCCCUGAUGUCUCUCUGGAAAGAAACCCUUGCCCUGAUCUCAUCAACCUUGUUUUCCAGGGACUGAACAUUAGGAAGUAAUAUACUCGGAAGCGGUGGGUGGUGUGCAUGCCUCCUAAGUCUGACUAGAAGACCGCUCUGACUCCUCUUCUCCGCCGGCGUUGUUUUGGGUCAGCCUCUGGAAUCAGUUCAAUUGCCCUGGGUGGUGCGAACAAAGUCGUAUUCCUGGUCGUAAUGCUGGUAGUGAUAGUGAAUUUCCGCCACUCUGAUAUCCAAUAGUUCUUCCGGGCUGUAUGUAAUAACACAUAACAUUUUCUGGGCUAACAAUGUAAGAAAGAAUACAUAAAAAAAAUACUGCAAAGUUUCCUAAGAACUAGAAGCGAGGCAGCCCUCUCUGUCGGCGCCAUUGUCAUCAUCAUCAUCAUAUUAAACUUUUAGCAAUACUUGUGUGUUGUUGUUGUUGCAGAUAUAUGUUUGUAUAAGGGGCAAAGCGGAAACUAGACUAGGAUGAAGGGGUGUUGGAAGACAAAGCGAUGGCGCCACCGUGGCCCACGACCACUACAACGACCCCCAACCCCAACGGCCUCAGCCUAGGCCUCUCCAAGGUGUCAUACAACCUCCAGAGACAGGCCAUCUUCAACAUCUCUCUUAUGAAGCUUUAUAACCACCGGCUUCUGAGCGAGCCUGGAGAAACGUGUUCUCAUCAACAACAUGCUGUGCUGCAUCCAGGAAGACCUAAAACAGGAGGGCUCGCUGCGUCGUCCAGCUCUCCUCCUGCCCCCCUCACCCCCGCAGCCGAUCCUAUGGACGAGAGAUCCUGCGAUGCCCCCCCGCCCACAUUCGGCGGCGUGCUGUCUGUGGUGGCUACCGCCACCCCGUCCCUUUCCCAGCAGCCUUCAGGGUUGCUCUGAGUCAGCCCCUUUACCCUCGCCACUCCCCCACUUAGCGACCACGCCCACCUGUCUGUCAUCGGUGUGGUUGUCAUCCGGUGGCCUGUCUCUCUGGAGGUCUGCCUCACGCCCACCUUGCUAUUGGAGGAAGACGGAGACGACACCUCCUUUUGCACUUUGGCCCCGCCUAAGUCUCCUCCUCCUCCUCCCCCC